AUGGUGAACUCCCUCAUACUGAUGCUCAGCUGGACUGUGAUCUCUGAGGUUGCCAGAGCUCAGAAUGACACGGAACCGAUCGUCCUGGAGGGCAAAUGCCUCGUGGUGUGCGACUCGAACCCGGCCACGGACUGGAAGGCUUCAUCCUCUCCGCUCGGCAUCUCGGUGCGCGCCGCCAACUCCAAGGUGGCUUUCUCUGCAGUCCGGAGCAACAACCACGAGCCGUCGGAGAUGAGCAACAAAACAAGAAUAAUCUACUUCGAUCAGGUUCUUGUGAAUAUAGGAAACUACUUCACGUUUGAGUCAGUAUUUUUGUCCCCAAGAAAAGGAGUCUACAGUUUUAACUUCCACGUGAUUAAAGUGUACCAGAGCCAAACCAUACAGGUGAACUUGAUGUUGAAUGGGAAACCAGUCAUCUCUGCCUUUGCGGGUGACAAAGAUGUAACUCGCGAGGCUGCCACUAAUGGAGUUCUGCUCUAUCUUGAAAAAGAGGACAAAGUCUACCUAAAGCUGGAGAAAGGAAACUUAGUUGGUGGAUGGCAGUACUCAACAUUUUCUGGCUUUCUUGUGUUCCCUCUGUAA